AGUUGAUGUAGAGACUUCGCUCGUAAAGGUAUCCUAUCUACAGUAAGAGCAAGCAAAGCAAUAACAAUCAUGUCAAAGCUAUUGCUGCUCGUGGAUUCAACAACAAAAAAAAUCAAUGAUUACGAGAGACUGGUCGAGUUUGGAAACUCGCCUGAUGAAGAAAUCGAUGUCUCUUUACGAGACAUCCACAAACAAUUACAACAGUUGAAUGAAGAACAAACAAGGUUGGAACAGAAUGCUCAAAUUCCUGAAUACAAGGUACGAGAAUCUGAAGCAUUUUUAAUUCGUAUCCAACGGCGAGUCGAAUCGGCGGAGGAAAUGUUGCUUAAAAAACGAAAUGAUGCUACCCAGGGUCCAAAGAUUCAUUCCUCUUACGCAUCCAAACAGGCCCGUGCUCCAUUGCCUUCAGAUGUAACGUCAAACUAUUCAGAUAUUGAAAUGGAGUCCAUUCAUCAAUUCGAUGGAAACGAUCCAAAUCCUGUUGAUAUCAACUUACUGUCUCAGAUGCAUGAGCAAAUGCUCAACGAACAGGAAGAGUCAUUAGGCGGAAUUGAGAGUAGCGUUCGAAGGCAAAAGCAAAUGGGCUAUUUAAUGAAUAAUGAACUCGAAGAACAUAACGACCUUAUUGAUCGUAUGGGUGAAGAUGCAGAUCGGGUAGAUAAACGGCUAGGCUUGGCAAGAAAUCGCCUGCAAAAGGUAACCCGCAAAGCAAAGCAGUAUCCUCGUUGUUGUAUCAUUCUUUUCCUUUGUUUCUUACUCAUUUUGGUUUGUUUCAUUUAAUGUUUUUUAUCUUCCUUUGUUAUGUUUCCCCUUCUUAGCUUCCUCUGCUCUUUGUACGUUCAUGUUUCUACGGCAAGUUUACGUUUUGUAAUUAUAGAUCCUUUAAAUUUCUAUUUUCUUCCUUAUGUACAUAUGCAUCUACUUUAUGCUUACGUUCAAUAAGUACUCCGAUAGAGUAUAUAAAAAGAAACAAAAAUUCUGUAUGAUUGACUGUGCAUGCAAAAUAACAUCCUAAAACAUUCAAGAUGUCAUUAUUUUUCACAUUAAAUACACAAAUUAUUCUUUCCUAUAUAAAUGUGAAAGCAAAAACAUUAGAUUAAAUUAACUUUUAUGAAUGUUGCUGUCUCCAAAGUAAUUAGUUGUCAAAAAAUAUGAACCGA